AUGUAGCGCGUGUAGUGCACACUACCCCACCGAUCCGAGCCUCGGACUUUAACCCGGUGAGCUGUCGUUUAUCAUAAAGUCAGGGUUUCUUAUCUGUACUUUUUUUUUUCUUCUUCUCGCAGCAAUAUCAUAUCUGACCGGCCUCUAAUCGGACCUUGAGCAGGGGCGCAUCGGGUUCACUCGUCGUUGGUGCCAACAAGGAAAGAUGACGUUAAAAUCCAAUAAAAACGAACCCACCGUCACACUCGAGCCGAUCGACAGCGUCCGGACGGCCCUCUCCGACCUGUACCUGGAGCAGCUCCUGCAAAACAAACCAAAGGCUGACAAGGUUGCCAUGCAGACUCAUGAAAAUAAAGGGGCUAAGGUGUACUCCAAUGGCAGUGCUGGUCACAUGAAUGGCACAGAGCUGACGAAGAUGAGAGAAGUGGCAUUUGAAAAAAAUCCUUCCGAACCAUUGGGGGUGACCCUGAAACUGAAUGACAAACAGAGGUGCACCGUGGCAAGAAUAUUGCACGGAGGCAUGAUUCACAGACAAGGGUCCUUACAUGAAGGGGAUGAAAUAGCAGAGAUCAAUGGAAAAAGUGUGAUCAACCAUUCCGUUGACCAGCUACAAAAGAUCUUAAAAGAAACCAAUGGAGUAGUCACUUUGAAAAUCAUUCCCAAUCUGCAAAGCCGCUCUCAGGCUUGUGAGAUGUACAUGAGGGCUCAGUUUGACUAUGACCCUGUCAAGGAUGAGCUCAUCCCAUGCAAAGAGGCAGGAAUGAAGUUCCAAACCGGUGACAUCAUUCAGAUUAUCAACAAACAGGAUCCUAACUGGUGGCAAGGCAGAGUGGAAAGCUGUGCUGCUGACUUUGCUGGACUCAUCCCCUCUCCAGAGCUCCAAGAAUGGAGGUUGGCAAGUAAAAGCAAGGCCACAGAAGGCAGCCAGUCCUGCAGCCCCUUUGGAAAGAAAAAGAAGUGCAAAGACAAGUAUCUGGCCAAACACAGCUCUAUUUUUGACCAGCUGGAUGUGAUUUCUUAUGAGGAGGUUGUGCAGCUUCCUGCAUUCAAAAGAAAAACACUGGUGCUUAUCGGUGCACCUGGUGUAGGAAGAAGCCAUAUCAAAAAUGCAUUGCUGACCAAAUACCCUGAGAAGUUUGCCUACCCUGCACCACACACCACUAGAUCCCCACAGCACGACGAAGAGAAUGGACAAGACUACUAUUUCAUCUCCAAUGAAGCCAUGACCAAAUGCAUCUCCGGAAAUGAGCUUCUAGAAUACGGCAGCUUCCAGGGAAAUAUGUUCGGCACUAAAAUUGAGACAAUCCAGAAAAUCCACGAGCAAGGCAAAAUUGCCUUGCUGGAUGUUGAGCCACAGACCUUGAAGCUGCUGAGGACUGCUGAAUAUGCUCCUCUCAUGAUUUUCAUCGCGCCCACCAACACAGCUGCCCAGACGGAAUCCCUGCAGAUGAUCCAGAAGGAGUCCGAUGCCAUUUUGGCCACAUAUAGACACUUCUUUGAUGAGAUUCUAGUUAACAAUGAUAUAGAUGAGAGUGUGAAAGGAGUGGAAGAGGCCAUUGAGCAUGCCACCUCGACCCCACAGUGGGUGCCUGUUUCAUGGGUGUACUGACCGCAAAAAAAAAGUACUCUUUGCUUGACAAAAUGCAGUGCAAUAUCAGUCAUGCAGAAGACCCCUGAGUUAAUGAUGUCCAAGGUGAUUAUGGGUUUACUGUCAGUUAACAUAAUUUUGCAGAAAUGCAAACAACAAAAAAAAAAGCAAUAGUUAAAAUGUUUAUUUCAGUAAUAUUCUUGGGAACCCCACCAGGGAAUAUUGUACUUGAUUAGACAUUUGUGCUUCAGGAUUUUAGGGGCUGACGAAUACUUUCGGUGCCACACACCUUCUGUGAUUGUUGGAACUUGAGCAAAUGCAAAAUAGGACCACGACUGUGAAUUAAAUCCCCACUUUAACUUGCAGGAUUUUAUGUGACCUUGACUCGGGGUUUUUUUUGUUUUUUUUUUGGGAGGGGGGUUUGUUUGUUGUGAUUUUUUUUUCUAUUAUAAUGAAAUUGUGUCAUCAGAUUCUAAAUAUUAACUCAUUUCUGUAUAUGCAGAAACCGAUAGUCUACACAAAACUGUUAAGUCACUGAAAACCUCAGUUGUCUGUACUCAUCAGAAUUGUAUACCUCAUGGGAUAUUGUAAAGGCACUUUUAACAAAAUUAAAGAUUCCCAGCUCUG